ACCUUACAAAAAAAAAUCUCACAGCCUUUCUUUCCAUUUCCCGCUCCGAAACCAGAGCUCUAAAAAUACUUAAAACCCUCACUCACUCACUCACUCGCUCAAAGUGCUGAAAUCUCUUAGGGUUUCGUUUCGUUUUUUUUUUUCGGCGUUUCGAAGUUUCGAAACCACAUGAAAUCGGCGUUGCGUGAUGGUUUUACUCUGUCGAGUGCACUGAGCUCGCAUCAGAGAAUGGCUGCCUUUGGAGCUCUCUCGCUGUGUCCGUACAGCCUCUUGUGCCGUCCGAAGUAUACGACGAAACGUUUCGUUUCGUGCUCGCUUGGUUCUCAUACUAGUAGUAUAGAUACACGUAGAUCUAAAGUACCGCGUAAAAGAUCGGGAAAGAUGGAUGGGCCAAGGAAAAGUAUGGAAGACUCGGUUCAGCGCAAGAUGGAACAAUUUUAUGAGGGGUCUGAUGGCCCACCCCUCCGUGUUCUUCCAAUUGGUGGCCUGGGUGAAAUUGGGAUGAAUUGCAUGCUUGUGGGUAAUUAUGAUCGAUACAUACUGAUUGAUGCUGGUGUCAUGUUUCCAGACUAUGAUGAACUUGGAGUCCAAAAAAUUGUACCUGAUACCACAUUUAUCAAAAGAUGGAGUCACAAAAUUGAAGCAGUUGUUAUAACACAUGGCCAUGAAGAUCACAUUGGUGCGUUGCCUUGGGUAAUUCCAGCUUUGGAUUCUCGUACACCGAUAUUUGCAUCUUCCUUUACAAUGGAGCUUAUUAAAAAGCGUUUAAAGGAGAACGGGAUUUUUGUUCCUUCUAGACUUAGGGUAUUUAGAACACGGAGGAAGUUUGUGGCUGGCCCAUUUGAAAUAGAGCCUAUCAGGGUUACCCAUUCCAUUCCUGAUUGCUGUGGAUUAGUUCUUCGCUGCGCUGAUGGUACGAUUCUUCAUACUGGGGACUGGAAGAUUGAUGAAACACCGUUGGAUGGUAAAGUUUUUGAUCGUGAAGCUUUAGAGGAACUUUCAAAAGAAGGAGUAACAUUGAUGAUGAGUGACUCAACAAAUAUUCUCUCACCUGGAAGGACAAUUAGCGAAUCUGUCGUGGCUAAUUCAUUGUUGAGGCGUAUUUCUGAAGCUAAGGGAAGGGUAAUUACAACUCAGUUUGCAUCAAAUAUACACCGCCUUGGAAGUGUGAAAGCUGCUGCUGAUUUAACUGGCAGAAAAUUGCUUUUCACCACCAUUGACGCCAAAGAAGAUCCACGAAAAAGCCAACCCGACGCCGUCCUCAUCUCCACGAAAAAGCCAAACCCACGCCGUCUCAUCUCCAUUGACGCCAAAGAAGAUCCACGGCUGGGCUUGACGGUCGUCGUAUGUCAUCUCCACCGUCAACAUUCGAAGAUCGAGCCAGAGAUCGAGCUUUUGUCGCCGCCGACCCAUCACUCGAAGAUCCAGAUGGCAGACACAAUGCAUGACGAUCUUGAUGAUGGCCUUCGGUUCCGAAAUUGUAAUUGUUUCUGUGGCUUGAAAGCAAGUGUGAAGAUUUCAGAUAAACGAAAUGAGAGCCGGUACAGGCUUUUCCAAUGUUGCCCAAAGGACACAUGUCGGUUUUUUCAAUGGUGUAUUCCCUUGAAGACGCCAGUGUCAUAUGCGGAUGAUUUCCAGCAACUACAAGAAGAGCUAUGUGUAUUGCGAGAGGAAUUGAGGGUCAUACAUGACAAGGUCCACCCCUCAGACCAACCGAAGAAAAUGGUGAAGCUUAGGUUCAUUGCUUGGUGUUUGUUUUUCACUGUGCUUGCAGUACUGCUAAGUAUGACGAUGUUGUAAACCACAUUGUUAUGAUGAUGUGUUAAUUCCUACUAUGUAAUCAUAUUAUCUUAUUAUGUACUACUAACUCCUUUUGAACUUGAUGUACUGUGUAAUAUUUUUAGACAAU